AUGGCCGAAUCAUCUACCAACCCGCAGUCGGCGUCGACCUCAACGCCGCUGCCCCGCGUCGCGAUCCAGUUCUGCACCCAGUGUAAGUGGAUGCUUCGCGCAGCAUAUUUCGCCCAAGAGCUCCUAUCGACAUUCGGAACCUCCAUCGGCGAGGUCGCCCUACAACCCUCCACAGGCGGCACCUUCACCGUGACGCUGACCCACCAAACCCCGGACGCGACAACGACCUCCUCAACGAUUCUCUGGGACCGCAAGACCGAAGGAGGCUUCCCCGAGACCAAGGAGCUCAAGCGCCGUCUCCGCGACGUCAUCCAACCCGACAGAGACCUCGGCCACGUCGACCGGAAACACUCCAAGCCUACAACGACGACGACAACAGCAAUCACACCCGAAACCUCUACCCAAGAAACCCCGACCUUAGCCUCCGACGCACUCGCCACGGCGCCGACAAUGACGAUGCCUUCCUCCGCAGCCGCCUCGGACGUGGUCUCCCAGCUCAAGAAGCACCCCGCCAACGCAGGCCACUCCCCGACCGCUGGCGAAACGAAAUCCACCUCCGAGAGCAAAGAACAGAGCUCCUCCUCCUCUCUAAGCGACGCAGCCCGAGACGCCAUCGGUGCAGCCCGCGCGAACAAGGGACAGCAAGCCAAGGCUGAGAUCUCGCCCGCAGGCCAGCUGCCUGGUCAACAGUAUGCCGAUGCGCCGGCCAAGUUCAACAAGGAGAAGUGCGAGGACUGUGCUUGA